GUGACCACAGCCGAGGCACAUCCAGCCUCCUCUGCGACCAACUCGGUUUUUUUUUUUACCACCCCCAAAUAAAACUGUUUACAAACCAGGAGAAGACAUCCAAGAGGAACAGCUCACAUUGGAGGCCGAUUAAGGAAUCAUUUUGGCCGCUGCUGGUUUUUGGUGUUUUUUUUUUUUUUUUUUGUUGGUGAUUUUACGCACGGUGGAUCUAUGAGGACGCAGGCAGGUUUUUCACUCUCAACACCAGACAGAGGGAACAGGGAGUGAUCCACCCCACCCACCCCUGCCCGCCUGCAGCCUCCAUGCCGGGCAUCAGCAGCACCGCGCCUCGGUAUGACAACUGGGACAUGGACCACCUGGACCACUACCAACACUAUUUCUACGACGACCACCACGACCCAGAUGAGGAUUUCUUCAAGUCCACUGCUCCCAGUGAGGACAUAUGGAAGAAAUUCGAGCUGGUGCCAACCCCACCCAUGUCCCCUAUCAGGGCGGUGGAAGGGCAGGGCAGGGUCGGGCUGCUGCACCCAUCUCUGGGGGACAAGCUGGAGUGGGUGUCCCACUUCUUAGGACAGGAGGAUGAACAACAACAACAACAGCAGCAGCAUCAGGACCUGCCCUGCAAGCUGACCGCCUCCAAUGACUCCUUUGGGAACCUGAGCUCCAUCAUCAUCCAGGACUGCAUGUGGAGCGGCUUCUCCGCCGGGCAGCAGCUGGAGAGAGUUGUAGGGGAGAGAUGCGCCUCCUGUCCCGGGACCACCACCACCACCACCACCACCACCUCCACCUCCGCAGCCAAAGCAGCAGCAGCAGCGGCGGUGGCUGUGGUGGCGUCGCCGGGGAGGACGCAGUGCGCACCGGCUGAGCCAUCAGCCCUGGCUGCAGACUGCGUGGACCCGGCUGCGGUGCUCACUUUCCCGUCAACCGGUGGAUGUAAGAAGCAAGUGUCCUCUGGUUCAGAGUCUCACACCGACUCAUCAGACGACGAGGAUGACAAAGACGAGGACGAAGAGGAGAUCGACGUGGUGACGGUGGAGCACAAGCAGCAACGCAAACCUCGUCGACUGGUCAACACUCGCAAACCGGUGACCAUCACGGUGCGAGCCGACCCGAUGGACCCCGGCAUGAAGCGUUUCCACAUCUCCAUACACCAACAGCAGCACAACUAUGCCGCCCCCUCCCCGGACACGCUCCCGACGCCGGUGGAGCCGCCUCGCAAGAGGGUCCGGCAGGAGGCCUCCUCCCAGCCGCACCAGAACUCUCACCACCACCACCACCACCACCACCACCACCACCAGCCCCGGCCCGGCCACGCCCCUCUGAACUUGGACAGCAGGAAGUCUCACGGGACUGCGGCCGGAGUGCGUUCGGAGUCGCCCAACUUCAACGCCUGCUCUCCUACCUCCUCCUCAUCACCUUCGUCUCCUCCCUCCUCAUCCUCCUCCUCCUCCUCUUCCUCCUCAACCCCCGUUCCCAGCUCCCCCUCGAAGCACCUCUCCUUCUCCCACCUCUCCAGCCCUCAGUCCUCCGACUGCGAGGACACGGACAAGCGCAAGGCGCACAAUUUCCUCGAGCGCAAGCGGAGGAACGACCUGCGCUCGCGGUUCCUGUCGCUGCGGGACGAGAUCCCGGGCCUGGCGGACUGCCCCAAGACGCCCAAGGUGGCCAUCCUGACGCGAGCCACCGAGUACCUGCAGCAGCUUCACGCCAGCGAGAGGAAGAAUGCUCAGGAGAGGAAGCAGCUGAAAUCCCGGCAGCUGCAGCUGCUGCAGAGGCUGGCGCUGCUCAAACGCUCUUGAGCGACACACACACACACACACACACACACACACACACACACACACACACACACACACACACACACACACACACACACACACAACCGGACUGGACUACAUGAAGGAGAAGAGACACUAAUGUUCACUUUGAAUUGCUCACGUUGGAAUAGUGCGGGUGGAUUUAUUGUUUUUGUUUUCUAUAUUUUUUUCUUUUUGUGGUUUGCACAUUUGGCUUCUGAGUGAUUGACAAGGCCGCAAGCCGGACAGGACAGCGAGCUCGGGACUGGUCUGACGGGGCAUCUUACGGGCAGAUUAAUAUGUCCAUGGCUACUCAAUAUAGAUUUGUCCAACUGUUUGUGUUUCCCCCAAAUGUUCAAAACUUGUUGCUUGCUAUGCGGGAAGACUCGCUGUGAAUGCGUCAGCCUCUCGUUGAUAAACUGCUACAACUGUGCUGUCUAACUGCUGCAUGUUCUGAUCGGACGUUUCCUCGAUUGCGAUGGGGCUUUUUUGUGCUUGCAAAGCAGAGAUGUCUCCUCUUUCUGUCGUCAGUCUGUCAGCCCCCCCCCCCAUUUUUGAAGUUUCUCUCUAUAUUCUCCUUCACAUUUUGUUUUCUUUACAGUCCCUUGCUCUUUAGCGCUCGGCAUAUAUACAGCUUGAACAUUUUGCUAUGGAGUUGUGCCUUGUUUCAGCUUUUUUUUUUAAAUUUCCCUUUCUUUUUUUUAUCAUUCUCCAUAGCAUCUUCUCUCGUCCUUCCUUCUUCUUGUUCUUUUCUUCACACCUUCUUUCGAGCGUAAAGCUUCUAUGGGAAUGCAUGGGGGGGCUGUAGUGGGGACUGUACUGAGCCAUGCAAACGAUGAUGUUGCAUCUGGACACAAUCUGUUCUGCACCUCUGGAAUAGCUCAGGUUAAGUCCUAACUUCUGUGCCUGCAGGUUUUCCAUUCAAGUGUUUCCUUUCUUGCAUCAUAAAUGUUUAAACAGCAGCAACAUGUCAACAGCAACAACCAGCUUUUGUAGCAUUAUUUGGAGCAAAUUUGAAAAAAAACAACAAAAAAAAACAUUGCCACAAAGGCAUCUUUUUUGAGAUAUCCUUUUUUUUUUUCAAACAUCUGCAAAAACACUAUGAAGUUCUUCUCUUCACUCUAUCUUUUUAUUAUUGUUGUGCCAUGGAGACCAGCCAAAAAGAUAAAUGUUGGCUUCAAAUUAUCAACCAAAAGAAAGUUUGGAAAUGGCUUAAAUUGCAUCUGUUUGAUUAAGCAACAUGAAAAAAUGCCAACCUUUUGCUUUGAGAUUUAGCCCAAUGAGGUCCAACUGUACAUUUCUAUUCAUCUUGCUGUCUUGAUUAAAAUUGUAAAUUGUUUUUUGCAUUUGAUGUAAUGCCUUUAGAAGCCUUUCAAUGUACGUAGACUAUCCUGUUGGAUGUUAUGUAUAUAGUCCCCUUACUGUACAGUCCCCACCGAACCAAAACCAGAGCUGUCUACUCUACUCAUCCUAGUUUUUGUUCAAGCUUGCUGGCUUUUCAAAGAUAACUCAAAGCUUCUAUUUUUGUUAAUAAAAUGAUUAUGAAAAAGAGUCAAAAUAAAACACUUAAUGAACAUUGAUCACACUAGACACUUUGUCACCACAUUUGUUUAUGUUUUUUUGCAAUGCCUACAUGUUUUUCUUUACUGUUAAUUACCUGGUUUUUUUUCUGUCCUCUGGGGGUUUAUUUUAUUUGUACAAGUCAAGAGUUGACAAAAGUUUUUAUACUAUAUUUUCCUACCGAGUUUGUGUUUUCAGUGUGAGCUAAUGACUGUUUUCGUUAUCUGCAGCUGGCGGGGCUUCAUUGGUGGUUUAUGUGCUGAACGUUGGCGUGCAUCGGUUUGCUUUCUUCUCUCCGUGGAGGGGAAAGCGGACCCAAUGCCUCAAUCCAAUCACUAUAGCUGUAGCACUCUCUUAAAUCUGGUGCGGUGGAGAGGGAGGGGCACUUAAGAGGAUCUACCGAUUUUAAACUUCUAGCUGUAGUGACUUUACUGCUUUUUUUUUUUUGUUGUUGUUGCAAUCCUGGUGCUCCCUAUUGUUCCCAUAAAGCCAUGCGACAGAGAACACUGUAGCCCUUAAAACUAGUACUGUAAAUGACUCGGUCACUUCGAGUAGCAUGCUCUGCUCUUACCAGCACUCAGGAAACUCCCACGUAGCCUGUAGCUCUUGUGAUUGGGCCGUAAGCUGUGUUAGAGGAAAACACCCCCCCUCCCCGUCCUCCCUUCCCUUUGCUAUAAUCUGCUGUAUAUGUAACAUAACCCCUGACCCACACGGAUGGAAAGAGAGCAUUAGAUCAGGGGAAUAACAAUGCACCUGAACAGAUACGUCAGGAUAUCAUCGUUAAUGUCCCCUUUAUAUCUUCUGAAUUAACAUUUCUGCUAAUUUAUUCAGCACAAACCACCAUAAGUCCUGAUUUUUCUUUUUUCUCAAUAGCGUGCAACCACAGCAGUUGCAUUGUUUUUUUAUUUUUUAUUUUGUUUGCAUUGGUCCCUGGUCUCCAGUCACGGUGCAGCGGAGGAUGUUGCUUACUUACUUUGGGAGUUUAACUAUGGUGAUUUUUGGAGCCUUGUUUCAGCACUUUGUUUCUUUCUGUACCUCAUAAGCCUCUAUGUAUGAAGAGUAAGUCAGAAAAAUAAUA